UUAGUUUGUUGGGUGGGUUGGCUGACUCAGUUCUCCGGGAGACUAGUUCAGUUUUAAGUCGACAUUUGGUUCGUUCGUUCGCAGUUUGUUGGAGAGCUCUGCCGGGUGUUUCGUUUUUUUUCCGUUCGUUGGACCGUUGUGUUAGUAGUCAACUGUUUUAUGUUGGCCCGGUAUCAGGCGUAAAGUUUUUCCCCGUGUUUUUUUUCCACACUCAAAGGUUAUCCGUACGGUAUUGUUUUCGCAAUGCGUUUUCCCUUUAUCGAAGGUUCUUACUUUCCACCCUCGCGUUUUACGUGGUUAUUGGUUGCAGGCAAUUUGGCAGCGCAUUGAUUGAACAGCUGCUGCUCUGUGGUCGCGAGUGGGGUUUUGAUAUUGUGGUGUUUAUGCAAAGUGUUCAUAUGACAACGAUUCGUUGACUACGUCGAGUCAGUUUGAUAGCGUAUUUUCUGGACGUUCAAAAAUACAGGUGGGAAUCGUGACCUGGCUUAGAACGGAUUGUGAAGUGUUUGCUGUAGAAAUUUGAAUAUGCUAUCUUUACAUGAGUAUUGAUUCAAACGUAUCGUGCAAGGCGCAGAAGAGUUCCAAGUUUUAUUUUUGAAGUGAGAUAAAAGAAAAAAUCAAAUCCAGGAAUGAUAAACCUCACAGAGUUCUAACAAGUGUUUGUGAUUGCACCGAUAUUGGAUCUAAUUGAUGAGCUUGAGGGUGAUUGCCACAUUUCUAAAAAAACAACCUAACAAACUCGAGAAAGCGUCGUCGAAUAGUAAGUCUGCGGGCAUAUCGCACAAAAAAGGGUGCAACAGGAAAAGGUGUACCGUAAACAGCAAAACAAAAAUAGUUAACUACAACGAUUAAAACUUGAGAAAUCGUCUACGCCGACCAGUAGUAAAUCUACCAGCUUUUCAUUAAAAACCCUACCAAGAACAGCCUUGUGUAACGUGCUCAAUUUCUAGUAAAUACCAAAAGUGUUAUCUUUCUUGGGAAUCCGGUUUAACUGGCUUAACGAUUCUGACCAACAACGGUGGUCACGAGUGAUAUUUAAAGGUUGGAGAUAGUGAAACGAAAAUGAUAUAAAUUUAUCGGAAGAAAAUGCCAAAAACAUCAAUGAUAAAUUGUGUGACCGAACAAAAGACAGCUCAAUCCCGCCAAAUCCAUGACACGUAAAAGAUAAAAUUAAGUGAUAUAAUUUAUUUGCGGGCUUGGUCAGCAAAGUGUUUCCCUUGUUUUGUGUCCGGCAUAAGUGGCAGUAGUGAUAAGCGCCCGACAGCCUAACAAUGUCGGACAUUUGUGAUUUCGAGUGGUCAAAUAACCGCUUCCGGCACAAACUCACCAUCUCGGAGCUGAAGGGCUACAACAAAAAUGAAAGCACAGACCGAAGCCGGGCAUUGAUAGCCCUCAAGGAGCUCAUCGGAGCCAGUAUGGAUUAUGCGCUCAAAGACAAGUCCUGUUUCCAGGACGAUGAGUUCCUGUUCCGGUUCCUGUACGCCCGGAAGUUCAACGUGGACGACGCCUUCCAGUUGAUCAUAAAUUAUCACGCGUACCGGCAGAAAAACAGUGCCCUGCUGCAACGACUCUCCGUCCUAGACGAAAACAUUCAGCUGGCCCUGCGGGAUGGCUUUCCGGGAGUUUUGCCAAAUCGGGACCGGCGGGGCCGGAAAGUGUUGGUGUUUUUGGCAGCCAACUGGGACUAUUCCAGCUAUUCGUUGGUCACGGUAUAUAGGGCGCUGCUGCUGUCGCUGGAAAAGCUGCUGGAAGAUAAGCAGAAUCAGGCCAACGGAUUUGUGGUGAUUGUGGACUGGACUAAUUUCAGUUUUCGACAAUCAUCAAACCUGAACCCGAAAGUGCUGAAGCUGAUGAUAGAGGGAUUACAAGACUGUUUUCCGGUGCGCUUCAAGGCGAUCCAUUUCAUUGGGCAGCCAUGGUACGUAGAAGCCGCCCUGGCCGUGAUCCGGCCGUUCCUGAAGGAGAAAACACGGGAGCGGAUAAAACUGCACGGUGGCAAUCUGUCCACCCUGCACGAGUGCAUCGCCCGGGACAUUCUGCCAACGGAACUCGGCGGCGAAGGUCCAACCUUCAAUCCCCUCAACUGGUACCACGAUCUGCUGGAGUCGAGCCAAAUUAGCACCGCCAAACCAGCGCCAUCUUACGUUCUAAGUCAACCUCAGUACUACACCAAAUCGCCUCCGCCACUGGCCACGGUUAGCAUUAAAAAUACGACCGCCAACGGCCAUCAUCCAGUAGUCAUUAGCAACGAUAGCCCGAAGAUCAUGGUCGGGAACAAUAAAAGCGCAGGUGUGCUGGAUUCGGAUUUCCUGAUCAAAAGUACCAAAGCUGCGACGACGGUUAAAAUCGGGAUCCUGACGACCAAGGCUAACGAUCCGGCCGCCAAUACUCUGCUGGGGGUUGGGAGCGACACGUGACAAACAGCUCCGACGACGACGAUCUUGAUGGAUCCGGAAAGGCAUCACCUUCUCCACGUCCACCAAGCGAAGAUCGAUUCGAUUUCCUGCUGAAGAUUCCUGAUCUCAAGUUUCAUUCCACACCACAUCACAUCACCCAACAGCAGCAGCAACGAAUCUACUCAUUCAAUCGUGAAAAAUAUAUCACGGUCACUUGUCAGAUGCAAAACUGGUCCGAUGGCCUGGUCGUUUUUCCACAAUCGAGGAACGUUUCAAGUGCGGAUAUCUAAUUGAUCCACAUGUUCAGAAGUGUUCUUGCCGUUAUGGCUUCCACGGAUGGCGGCUGCGGUUUCAAUUAUUAAGAUCACCUUCCCCCCUUGCCUGGACGAUCAACAGCCACAAAUGGCCGCUCCUCAAUCGGUACCUAGGACCUACUAAUAACGGAUAUCUGCCUGUCAUCGUCAUCGUUGCACCAUUUUUCAACUGCCGGUCUUGGCGUAUCAACUUAAUGCAGAAAGCUUUCCUAGGAGAAGGAUGACAAAUUUAAUAGUGGGUACGACUUGUCGAGAAAGCCACAAGGGCAUUGAUUUGCUCCUCCAGUCUGAUCGUUUCGCUAGACUCAUUUAAUUCUUACUAGGCGGCACACUUAAUAUCUGCGAUAGAUUAAAAUAGGGGCGAUCGUGUAGGGUUAAACAAACGAGCUUAUUGAAAAAAAAACUUAAAUCCAACUCGAAUAGACUAGGUGUAUUAGAUGAAUGCAUGCUUUAUUUUUCCUUCUAAAAAAUCAACCACCCGUAAUAUUUAUCGAAAGGUUAAGAACAAACAGCGAGCUCAACUAACUACAAAGUGAUAGAUUCUGUAGAGGUAACUUUAAACCUAUAGAAAAUAUUUUCCUAUUGAAAGUAUCGAUUUACUUACUAAUUGUUGGACUCGAGAAGUUUCCCACUUUUUUUGCGCAUAUCGCAGCUCGAUUUAUCAUACAACAAACUUUCCGGAACUGUUAGAAUUAGUUUGUGCAGUAUAAAGGUAACAAAAUGACAAAUAGGAUAUCGGCAUUUAAUCUUUCAAAUGUAUUGAACCAAAAUCGAAUGAUUCAGAUUUCGAAAAUUACCUAGAUUUUAAGUAGGAAUCAACAGCUUAGACAAGGUUAGAAUGUAAUCCGUCCAACUGAUAUACAAUUAGAUAUAUCUCAAUGUGUUAAGUCAAAAUAAGCUAAGCGCUAGCUUUAAUUGAAAUUUUUUUUUCCAAGUUCAGCUUUCACAUAACUGUGUAAAUACUUAACUUUAUUCGCAGCAUCACCACAAACAAAAAAUAAUCCAGUAAAUUAAGACGUCUAAGUUAUUGAACGCUUUAUCUGCUAAAUUGAAAUUUACAAACAGUUGAUAGGUAUACAAUUUUCGGACACCAUUAUAAGCGCAAAUAUAAAAAAAAGCAUUUCUCGAAUAUAA